AUGGCACCCUCAGUCGACCCCUCCACCGUCGUCUUCUACCAGAAGAAGAACUUCGAGGGCUCCGGUGACACCUACGCCGUAGGCCAGGACGUCUCGGUCCCCGGCUCCCUCAACGACAAGUACCUCUCGGUGGCCGUCGGCGCCUCAGCCAAAGUGAUUGCCUGGCAGCACUACAACGAAUCAGGCCACUACCGGGAAUGGACAGACUCCCAGGCAGACAUCUCAGACAUUGGCGGUCUAUCCCGUUUCAAGGUCGUCGACGACGACACGCGGGCCAUCUCUUUCUUGUUCAAAGACGCUACUGGAGGGGACGAGAAGCAGUAUAGCUUGAAGGUUGAUGCAAGGGACGUGGGGACCGUGAUGCUCUACAGCACUACUAAGGAUGGGGGCGAGUAUGGACUGGUGGGGAUUCUGCCGGCGGGUGGACCGCCGGUUACCACGGCGAUUUAUGUGAGGGAUGAGCACUCGGGCGGGUAUUUGUGUGUUGGAUCGGUGUUUUUCCAGUGGAAUGAGGAGAGCAAGGGGGUAGAUGUGGUGGAGAAUGAGAAUUGGCCGAAGCAGUUGGAGCAGAAGAGGACGGGGAAGAGUAGCUUUGAGGUUACGUUGGUUGAUAAUAAGCCGUCGGAGUGAGGGUGAGUGGUGAAGGUAACUGAAAGGGGAGCUGGACGCUGGAUGGCAUGCACUGGAUGAGGAUAAUGGGUGAUGUUGUGAUGUUUGGCGGG